UUUAGCUUCCAUUGCAACCACCUUACCAUUCUCUCUCUCUCCUUCUCUCUCUCUCUCUCUCUCCAUGUGAAGACCAGACCAGACCAGACCAACUAACCCACAAGAAGGCAACCAUCAUCUUCUUCCUCUGCUCAAAGCAGCCAAUUCACUAAUCUCUCUCUUUCUCUCUCUCUGUUCUUUUGCUUGUCCUUCUUCAUCAAAUUCACCAUGUCUUCCAUCUUGACCCCUCAAGGGAUGGCCUUCGCCACCGCCAUGGCGGUCUCCGGCACCGUAAUCCUCCUCGCCUUCCUCCUCCAGAAGCCCGUCGACGAUCAUGUCUCGCAGCCUUCGCCCCGGGCCCUCCGCUCUUGCAUGUCAUCCGACGGGAAGCAGAGAGAGAAGAACAAGAAGAAGAGAGUUCACUUCGCGGAGGACGUGGUGGAUCCGAGCGGGUACAGUGCGGAGUUCAGGAGACAGCACGGGAUCGCCACCAGUUCCCCUCCUCCCUCUCCCCCGUCAAGUCCGACCAAGUUCAAGAAGAAUGCAAGCAGCAAAGUCAGAGGAAUGCCUGCCAAUAGGAUGGCUCUGUACAACGGAAUUCUCAGGGACCGUGUCGUCCACAGAUUGGCCUGUUCCUACUGAUGGGAUUCCCCAGUUUCCUCUCAUUUUUCCCCCAAAUUGCAGGUGUCGAUAUUUUAAUCAGUUCUCACCAAUUUGCAGUAUAUUCUCGUACAGAUUCCCUCUUUCGACCCUUUUCUUGAUUUUCUUUUGCCCUUUGUCGGAAAUUUUAGUUUAAUUAGCCUAGGAAGAUGUUCAGCGGUUCUGGUUUUAGGCCCAUAAAGUUGAAGGAAUUUAGAGCUUGAUGGGCCCUGAAGCCUUCUUGAGGGAAGGUAAUUUCAAUGGCAGAAACUGCGAAUUCAGGUGUCCUGUUUUGCCCUUUAAAGAAGCUUUUACUGAUCGGGUGCAGUGAAUGCAUACAGCUGUUCUGUGUGUGUGUUGAUAUCGCAAUCACGGUCUCAAGAUACGUGAUGGCGACAUCUGAAGAGAUUGGCUGAUCCUUUGCUUUCUCUUCUCUUGAUUGUAUCAGUUUGCGUGAAGCAAAGAUUCGUCAAUUAUUGGAGGUGAUAACUACAGGGUUUUUCCCCUUGGUUUGCUUGA